AACAUGCCUCUGCAUAUCCUAGCAUUGCACAUCGAGGAUUGUAUGGAGUCUGCAGCAGAUGAUGAUGAUGUUAAUGCAUAUAACAGAGAAGAUAUUGCAAAACAAUACAUGUAUAUGGACUGUCAAAAUGAGGUCCAGGUUCUUUCUGUCACAAACUCACCACCUGUUCACCCUAACAAGGAGUCCAGAGAUUGUGACCAGGAUAGAAAGGAAUGCCCUAUAUGUUGUGCCUGCUUUCCAUCAGAUGAAAUUGUUCUGCAUGCAAGCCUGUGUGGUGAAAGUCUACAAGACACGUUGAACUACAGUUCAGACAGCUGUGUGCUACACGAGGGAAGCUUAUCUAUGGCCGACAUGUCUAGUGAUGAUGAUGUACUCCAGUGGCUUGCAAGCCAAGUAGAUGCAAGCAAAGAUUUUAAGAUCUGCAUCACCCGGGACAACCUUUUCCAAAGAGGCCUAAUUCAGUGGCAGAGACAGAAGAAGGGCUCACCUGUUAACAAACUCAAUGUGACUUUUAUUGGCGAAGCUGGAAUCGACACUGGAGCAUUAAGUAAAGAAUUUUUGACUGAAAUGAUGCAUGGUAUUGAGAGGCGACUGUUUGAGGGCAGUGGCAAGAAGGGAAAGAGUCCUGUCUACUCGAUUUGUGACCUAGAAAAUGGUUUCUACAGAACUGCAGGACAAAUAUUUUCUGUCAGCCUAGCUCAGGGUGGCCCAGCACCAUGCUUCUUCAGAAAUUGGUGUUACCAGUUUCUUACAACAGGGGACUUUGAUGAUCUGCAGCUGACCAAAGAUGACUUGGAUGAUCUUGAAUAUGCUUUACUCAUAGAAAGGGUGGAGUCAGCAACUGAUCUGACACAGUUCACAGAUGAAAUCGUGAGUUGUGGUUACACAGGUUUGCUUAAGUUGGACCAAAAGGACAGUAUCAUAAGAGCCAUUGUUUUGCAUGACUCCUAUGCUUCAGCAAAUUAGAAAUGGGAUGAAGGUAUACAACCUUCUGGAUGUGAUUGGGAAGCAUCAAACUCUCUGCUCAAACCUGUUUGUCCCCAAAGAGGAUGAUGACAGACCGGAUGCUGAUUACAUAAUGAGUAUCCUAGUCCCUGAGCUGAGUGAGAAGGGAAGUCCAAGGCAAGCAAGAGAAAAUGCAAUCAUCAACUUCCUCCAGGACUUUCUACAAGACCUGGAAAUCACAG